AUGGGUCUCCAUGGCGACGGCGGGGGCCCGGCAUCCCGAGCGGGGCCGAGGCGCUCCGGGGGCCUCCCCGGCAGCGUGGCCGUGUUCGCCGGUGUGGCUGCCGUGUUUACCCUCACGCUGCCCCGCUCGCUGCCCGGGGGAGACUCGGGGGAACUGAUCACGGCCGCACAUGAGCUUGGAGUUGCCCAUCCUCCCGGCUACCCUUUGUUCACAUUGGCAGCUAACGUGGCAAUCACACUUUUCCCAUUUGGUUCUGUCGCCUACCGAGUCAAUCUUCUCUGUGGUUUAUUUGGAGCGGUAGCAGCUUCCCUCCUUUUUUUCACCGUUUUCAGGCUUUCUGGCUCACAUGCUGGAGGAAUCCUUGCUGCGGGGGUGUUUUCGUUCUCUCGCCUAACAUGGCAGUGGUCCAUUGCAGCCGAGGUUUUUAGCUUAAACAAUCUGUUUGUAGGGCUGCUCAUGGCGCUCACUGUGCGUUUUGAGGAGGCAGCAGCCGCAAAGGAGAGAUCAAAGAUAGCAGUCAUUGGUGCUUUCUCAUGUGGCCUCAGCUUGUGUAACCAGCACACAAUAGUACUGUAUGUUUUGUGCAUAAUACCCUGGAUUCUCUUCCGACUUCUCAAAGAGAAGGAACUCACCCUUAGCUCUCUGUUGAAGCUGACUCUGGCUUUCUCUGCGGGCCUGCUGCCCUAUGUCUACCUGCCUGUCUCAUCCUAUCUCAAUCGCGCCCGCUGGACCUGGGGAGACCAGACGACACUGCAAGGUUUUCUGACACAUUUUCUCAGGGAAGAGUAUGGAACAUUCAGCCUGGCCAAAUCUGAAACAGGAUCGAACAUGUCUACAGUACUGCUUUCACAAAUAAUAAAUAUGAAGACCGAACUUUCAUUCAACACUCAAGCUCUGGCAGUUUGGGCAAAUAUAUGUUUAAGUAGAAAGGAUAAGCGGAAGUCUUCAUUGAUAUGGCUUUUCACUGGAAUGCUUUGCAUUUAUUCGUUAUUCUUUGCUUGGAGAGCAAAUUUAGAUAUUUCCAAGCCACUUUUCAUGGGUGUGGUCGAACGAUUCUGGAUGCAGAGCAAUGCAGUGGUGGCAGUCCUCGCUGGCCUCGGUUUGGCCACACUUGUAUCUGAGACUAACCGAGUGCUGAAGUGCUAUGGCAUUCGCAAUCUGGAGUGGCUGUCAGCAACUGUUUUUGUUGCUUAUCAAAUAUACUCAAAUUACAGCAUUUGUGACCAAAGAGCCAGUAACGUGAUUGAUCAGUUUGCACGGAAUCUUCUGGACUCCAUGCCUCAUGAUGCCAUCAUCUUACUCAGAGGAGAUUUGCCAGGGAAUUCUCUCCGUUACUUGCAUUACUGCGAGGGACUGAGGCCAGAUGUCUCACUAGUGGAUCAAGAAAUGAUGACUUACGAGUGGUAUUUACCCAAGAUGGCAAGGCAUUUGCCAGGAGUACACUUUCCUGGGGACCGGUGGAACCCUGUGGAAACAGUGUUACCCAGUGGAAUGGUCACAUUCAAUCUUUAUCACUUUCUUGAAAUGAACAAACAAAAAGAAACAUUUGUUUGCAUAGGAAUUCAUGAAGGUGACCCAACUUGGAAAAAGGAAUAUUCACUUUGGCCAUGGGGAUCUUGUGACAAGUUGGUUCCUUCAAAGAUUGUAUUCAACCCAGAGGAGUGGAUUAAACGCACGCAAACUCUCUAUAACUGGACUGAGGAAUAUGGAAGAUUUGAUCCAUCUUCUUGGGAAUCCGUGGCCAAUGAAGAGAUGUGGCAAGCAAGGAUGAAAACACCAUUCUUCAUCUUCAGCCUGGCCGAGACUGCCACGGUGCCUCCAGACGUGAAAGCACAACUCUACACACACGCAUAUAAACUCUAUAAGGAAAUAGUGUCCUUGCAAGAGGAAUACCCAGUGAAUUGGCACAAGAACUAUGCCAUUGCCUGUGAGCGGAUGCUGCGCCUUCCAACGAGAGGCGCAGACCCUGAAGUCUUGCUGUCUGAGACCAUCAGACAUUUUCAUCUCUACACUCAGAAAGCGCAGAAGGAUCCACAGCGAGCAGACAUCAUGGCUGUUGUCAAGCACCUAAGAAAAGAGCUGCAAAGUCUAAGAAACACAGAAAAUGUCUGAGCCCGCAAAAGGUGGCAGCCCUGCUCAGUGUAUUGCUUCCAGAGUUCCUCAAGUCCAAAAGUUUUUCCUUCAAGUAAAGACGCUGUAUCAAAAAAGUAAAAGUCUCAAUUCUCUCCUGGAUAUAAGCGUCACAUACAGCAGACACAUGUUAAUGGCUGCAAUGUGUGCCUUAUGCAAAAUUGUGUUUAUCUCAUGUUGCCAAAUUAGCAUUUCCAUGAGAAGCAUUCAAAAGCAUCUGCAGUCUUCAGCAAACAACUGACUGUGGGUCUAGGUGAGAAGGAACUGUCUGCAGACCUAAAACUCUGACCCUGAGUCUGUGACAGUCCAUGCUUAUUGAGAGCCAUUUUAAAAAGUAAAAAGGUGACACUCAUUCCAGAUCAAAGGCAUCUUCUACUUGCUGCAAGUAAGAGUUUCUACAAACAGUUCUUGUUAUGCCUCAUUAGAAUCCCCUGUUGUUGUUGUU